GGCUCACCAUUUCUUAGCUUUCAGGACACCUUGUCGGAACAUAGUUUCACUGAACGUACUGACUCAUAUACCGGCUACAGUGAUCGCUACAGCCUAUUCGCUAGCUGCGCUCCUCUUGAUUGUGUUCGAGUCUGGGAUCUGCGAAGUCCACCACGACAUGUCCUCCAAAUUGGCUCCGGGGCGUCUGGUGCUUGUGGUGGCGGAGCCGUGCCCGAUCUGCUGACUCCCAGCACUCAAUUGCUCUUUAGCCCUUGCGCUCGAUAUCUGUUAGUCGGAGCUCCUGGACAUCAGGCUCCAGAAAUAGCUGAUCCAGUAAUAUAUGAUUUGCGCUUUUUUCACCGAAGCAUCUCGGAGAGCGGCCCUACAGUUCGUCUAUGCCGGCAAAGUGGGACGCGCCACACAGCCAACUACACCGCUACAGCAGUAGAGUGGCAUCCACUUAGGCCUCUGGUUGUAACAGGCAAUCAUGCUGGUGUAGUGGAGGCGUACUCAGAAAAAAAGACUGAUUGA